GCAGUGUGAUGAUUCAAAAUGAAAGAACCGCAAAGUUUAUGGUCCAUGAAUGGAUUCCCGUGGUCUGUAUAAGGUAGCUGGCGCAUGGAAGCUGAAAGAUAAGAUCACACAGAAUCCUCAGACUGUCGCUGUGUGUACAGUGAGAAACCUACUUGGCUGAAGUCGGGCGGGUGAGAGAGAGCGAGUGAGAUUUGCCAGUUUCAGUCAUUCGUACCGACGUGAUCGGAUUGGAUCAGGUGUUGCGAGUAUCGUGCGUAGCGACGGUGUUUUCGUUCAAACGGUAUCGCGACUGAGUUUGCGAUCUUUUCGGGAAGUAACAUUGAUAACGACACGCGAAAUACAGUGAAUAGUGAAAUUCUGUGGUGUCAAAUCGUGAGGUGCUUGUGAUGAUGUAGUGAUUGAGUGAAGUGAAAAAAACACGUUUUAUGACAAAAUUACAGAAAAUAAAGUUUGCAAAAUGACAACCAUGUUGGAUGCAGGAGACAUGAUUUCAAUUAUAAAGAUUGUAGCAGGCAAAGAUUAGCAGUGAUAAGAGAAAAUCUGAAAACGACUAAAGCAAUGGAUAUCAAACUUGAACAAAUGAAGACUGAACUUAAGACUUGUACGGCAUGCGGUGAACCGAUUGCCGAUAAAUACCUCUUCGACGUUGAUGGAUGCUCCUGGCACGGUUCCUGUCUGCGGUGUUCGGUCUGUCUAACUUUACUGGAGCGACAACCGUCGUGUUACUUCAGGGAUCGACAAGUCUACUGUCGGGCGGAUUAUGCAAAAACUUUUGGCGCCAAAUGCUCCAAGUGCAGCCGGUCGAUCGCACCCUCUGACUGGGUGCGGAAGGCCAGGGACCUGGUGUUCCAUCUGGCCUGCUUCUCCUGUGACACCUGCGGCCGGCAGUUAUCCACCGGUGAGCAGUUUGCACUGAUCGAAGAUAAGGUUAUGUGCAAGAUUCACUACAUGGACACCGCGGACGAAGGCUCUAACUCGAGCGAUGAUGGUUGCAGCACCGACGGCUUCAACAAAAACAAAUCGAAACGUGUGCGGACAACGUUCACAGAGGAACAACUUCACAUCCUGCAGGCGAACUUCCAGGUCGAUAGUAACCCGGACGGGCAGGAUUUGGAACGGAUAGCCCAGCUGACGGGACUCAGUAAGCGGGUUACUCAGGUGUGGUUUCAGAACUCAAGAGCGCGGCAAAAGAAACACACUCAUGUUCCCCGAGAUCAUAACGCGGCAAUGUUUAGCACACUGCGGCAGGAUCUUAACAACAACAGCAACACGAGUCUCAGUGAUAACGACAGCGGUAUGGGAAAGUCACCUUCCAUGUUCAAUUCUCAUGUGAAUUUGAUCAAUUUGAUGGUGUAACACAUAGGGAUGCAAUCAUUGCUGCAGCUGCCACCGGAUGGAAGCUGCCAAACGAAUGAUUGCUGAGUCGGUAGACAAAACUAUGACACAUAUUGUUGUAUGGAUUUAGUUGUAAUAUUUAUAGCACAUAAUUCCAGAUGUAUCAUCAGGAAGACAGAAACCAAAGAUUUGAACCAUGCUCUCACUCUGGAUAGCAUAAUAAGGGGACGUUCUAGUUAUAUUUUACUAAUCUAUAUUAUUGAUUGUUUAAAACUUAGGUGACUUCAGAAUCAAAUGAUCGAAUGAUGAUCAAGAUACCUUGUAUACUAUUGUGCUGAAUGAUGUGUGCACUGUUUACGAUAAGCUGAAUUCGUGAAUCAAAAAAAAAUCAUUACUGUGGCGAUAAAUAAAGUGUAACUG